CUUUGCAAGUGGUCCCCGACAUCGAUGACCAGAUGAGCAAUGCAGACAGCUCUCAGGAGGCUGACGCGGACGCUGUCCCAGGAGCAGCAUGGACGCCCCCCGAAGGGACAUGGAGCUACUCAGCAACAGCCUGGCGGCCUACGCGCACAUCCGCGCUAACCCAGAGAGCUUUGGCCUCUACUUCGUGCUGGGAGUGUGCUUCGGCCUACUGCUGACCCUUUGCCUCCUGGUCAUCAGCAUCUCCUGUGCGCCCCGGUCACGCCCGCGGGGCCUCGUGCCACACCGCGCCCCCCGCGGCAGCACCCUGGAGCCCGAGGACGACGAGGACGAAGACGAGGACGAAGACACGGUCACGCGGCUGGGCGCUGACGAUACGCUGCAGGGCCCCGAGCUGUCGCCGGAGCCCGACGGGACCCUCAGCGUCAACGUCUUCACAUCGGCUGAGGAGCUGGAGCGCGCGCAGCGGCUGGAGGAGCGCGAGAGGAUCCUGCGUGAGAUCUGGCGCACGGGGCAGCCGGACCUGCUGGGCAGCGGCACGCUGGGGCCCAGCACUGCGGGCACGGGCACGCUGGGCCGUGUGCACUAUUACUGACGGGCGCUCAGAGUGCUGGACACUCCAGGGGCACCCAAAGCUGCCCCAAGAACUUUGGACGCUCAUGAUUCCCACGCUUCCUGGGUGCUAAGGGGCUUGGACUGCCUACCUCCGAGUGCGCCCUUCCUCGGCCCUGCCCAAAGGCCCCGGGGCGGAGGGGGAACGGGGGUCAGGAGGCGGGGUCCCCCCGCCCCUCUGAGGGAAGAAACGGAGUGAACAAUGAAAGCUGCAUUCUUGGUGACUGUGUGCCUUGUCUUAUCUGGGCGCCCGGCGGGCUCAGUGCCUCUGGGGCCCCUUUGCCAGAUCCCUCACCCCCUUCUGUACCUGUGUGCGUCCG